UCUGUUUAGUUAUUACACUGAGGAGAUGAUGGCAGUUUUCCAGCUUCAGCCCUGAAGAACAGUGACGCAUUAGUGAAAGAAUCUCCUACCGCUCCAGAUUCACUCAGACUUUAGAAACUGGGUCCGAAACUUUAGUAAAUUUAUAGCCUUUAAAGUUUUUGAAUAUCUUUAAUGACAGUUAGCAAACCGAUUUGACAUCCGUCUGAUUUUAACUGAACUCUGUUGUUCUCUGGACGGGGCUCCAGCUCUGGGCGUUGUGUCCUGUUCCUGGCCUCUUAAGGUGUAAUCUGAGCCCCUGCUCUGUCCGGUUCUGUCCUUCAGCUGCUCUGUAAUCCUGUUAGCUCUGUAAUCCUCCAACUGCGCUCAUAUUCCUGAAAGUCUUUCCUCACCGUGGCUCUGUGGGAUGCUGCUGGGACCCAACUGAACUGCUCAGGUAGGACAGGAUACCCGAAAGAUCUGACCUGCACCCCAAACACCAACCACUAAACUUACUCGUCCUCUAGAUCUCACCCAACUGCCGGACCUACUCCUACACACCCCAAAGUCCAUCCCAACCAUCAGACCUACUCCUCUAGACCCCCAAAGGCCAAACGUCCUCCUCUAGACUCUGCAACCCUCUGAUCUACUCCUGAAAACCCUCCGAAGACCAGACCUUCCCCUCUGAAGCAGUGGUUCCCAGCCCUGGUCCUCAGGACCAACUGUCCGGCAUGUCUUAGGUUUCUCCUGGCUGCCACACACCUGAAGUAAAUGAAUGGGUGAUCAACAGGAUGGGUUCCCAGAGAACCAGGGUGGGAACCACUACUGGAAUCGUCCUUUCCCCAAACUUUUACCUCCUGGUUGUUUACUUUCAUUUUGAACCGUGGACCGAGUCACAAGCCUCUUACAGAACUCACUUGGAGCGGAUUAAUCGGCUGUUUGUUGACCAACCUACUGACUGAGCAGGUAAACAGACUGACCACUUUUCUCUGGCUAACUCGGCUCACUGACUGCCCUGUUCAGUUAUGGACCAGUUCAGAACCAGACCGAGUCACAGGUUGCAUGUCGACCCACAAUGACCCAACGAACAGAAAGACUCGGCAAGAGACAAGGCAGCCAACUUCACGGCUGGCUAAACGGAUAACACACACUGGGGAGUGAAAGUGACAAACUGGGCACCAGUUUAAAUGUUUGUAUUGGUGUCCAGUGGCCUCCUGGGGAGGAUUAGGGUCGAGACCAGUCAGUUCUGAUUGGGUCUGACACUCAGCCGAACGAGAUCCAAACACCAUUAAGCACAGAACAGGGAAGCCUGGAGGAGAUCAGGCUAAUUAUUCAGAGUUUCCAUCUGUUUCCAGACCUGGAUUCACUUCCAGCCGAGUUACUCCCUGAACUGAAUCCCAACAGGACUCACACCACGGUCCCCAUCAGAACCAACAACAGAACCAACUUUCCUUUCAAGGGAAUGUCUAAAACAUGCAAGACAAAGACUCCUAAGGACCAGAGACUGAGACCCAUACAGGACACCGGGUCCCAUGAAAACCAGAGCUAGAGAGGUAUUCAAGACACCUGCUCCACGAAAACCAACAUUUAGAGACCCAUACGGGUCAAUGUUACCUUUAGUCCAGAGACUGAGACCCACAUGGGACACCAGGUCUUUUAACAGCCACAGUUUGAGACCCAUACAGGCCAACGUUACCUCUGGUCCAUAGUUGACAGCUCCACACAAGAGGCAACGUCGCUCCCUCUGAGUCUUGCCUGUUCAGGCGACACCCCAGCGACCGGACAAAUUCAUGCAUGUGAAAUUUCCAGCUAAUCAUUCAGAUGCGGCCAUGGGGGUUAGCGGAGCAACAUAAACGAUCACUAUCGCUUCCUGGGUUUCACCCCGAGACUUUCGCCUGUGGCUUGUUGCUCACUGCGUGUCGAUGAACAAGUCACCAGAUCUUCUAACGACCAGCUAUCGACUCGUAUCGGUCGGGUGACGGCUCUUCGUCUCUUCCAGGAUGUUGAGCUGGGUGGUUAAAGUCGUCCCCCAGCCACCUGAACUUCCAUCCAAAAACACUGAAGAUGCCAAGGAAGGAAAACCAGAAGCGGCCCCGCCCACUGCUGUGGCCCCGCCCACUGCACCAGAGAAGAAGGUGACGUUUGAAGAUGAGUGCAAGAAGGACGCUGCAAAACUGAAUCAGGACGUUGAGGCAGGGAACGGUCCGGGUCCAGGCAUGCUGACCUGGAUCAGCAGCGCUCUCCCUCUGCCGGCGCCGCCGGCCAACCAGAACCGGGCCAACUCCGCCGCCAAGGAGGAAGCAGCAGCCAGGAAGGGGAUGAUGGCCUGGAUCUCUCAGGGUUUGGAGAAAGUUGUUCCUCAGCCCGAACUGAGGAGCAGAGAGUCUCCGGCGGCCGAGCAGCAGCUUCAGGUGCAGCAGGCAGCAGCUCCAGCAGACGCUCAGAGAGCCGGGAAGGAGCUGGAGCCGGUGGACCAGACCGCUCCACCCAGCAUGAUGGACUGGUUCAAACACGGCAUUGUGAAGGUGGUUCCUCAGCCGGAGAACCUCCCAAAGACUGAAGGAACCAGCAAGUCUGAAGCUCCGUCCAAAGCGCCCCCUGCAGUUGCUCCUCCGGCCACCAGACCCACUCCGGAGACAGAACCCGCAAAGGAAGCAGAGCAGCAGCCGAACGUGGUGGGUUGGAUCGUCAGCGGGAUCGGCCGCAUGCUGCCGCAGCCCGUCCCCAGGCCGGAAACAGGAAGUGAUGACAUGCAGAACAUCAGCGGCGCUCAGAAGAUGAGUGACUUGGUGCUGGAGGACCUGGAGGACCUGGAGGACCUGGAGGAGGCGCCGACUGUGAAGGAGGCAGACGUUGCGGAGCCGCUGACUCCGAUGGACGGCGUGAAGAAGGAAGCAGGCGACGGCGCUCACAUGGAGGAAAGGCUGCAGCGGCUGGAGGCGGCCCGCGUUGCCGAGGAGAUGGCCCGGCAGGCGGCGGCAGAGGCGGUCCGGCAGCUGGAGGUGGAGCGUUCGGCCAAGAUCGUCAUAGAAACGCUGCCGGAGUCCAACGACCAGCUGCCCAACAUCCUGGAGGAGGAGAACGAGGACGAACCGGAGCUGCAGAACCUGCAGGACGACAGUGAGGACAGCACAGAGAAUAAAAGCAGACAGAGUGAGGAGAAGCAGACAGAGCAGUGUCUGGUGGACGUCUGCCCAGCUGAAGACGAUCCUGAAGCUGCAGCUGAAGAGAGGCAGGUGGAGUCUCUGGCCCCGCCCACUGCACUUGAGCCAGAAGACCAGGUGACUCCUUCGUCCACUGAUGUGGAGCCGGCGUCAGAGAGGAGAGAUCUGGAGAGUCCCAUAACCCAACAACCAGAACCGCACCUUGAAGAGGCCCCUACCCACACUGCAGAGCAGAGCGAAGCAGCAGCAGGAGAAGAAGAGGCAGGAGGAUCUGGAGGAAGCUGCAGGAACGCUGACGCUCCGGCGCUGAUGCUGCAGGCUGCAGGUCCGGACGAGCUGCACGGACUCAACCUGAGCAUCCCGCAGAUAAUCACAACCCCAGAACCGGAGCCCAGCACGCUGAUGGUGCCUCAGCUCAGAGCUGACCCGACGGCAGGCGAGGAGGACGAGGAGCUGCUGAAGGCCCGGUCCAGUCAGGGAGACGAUGAGAUGCGGCCGCAGUCCGCCGCCAGCGUGGCCAGCGUCACGGUCCAGGAGCGCCUCAACCAGCUGGUCGGGCUCUUCAAGGGUCGGACGGAGCGGCACAAAGACCGCCUGGCGGAUCCCGACGAGUCCGAGGAGGAGAGCCCCACUGCCUCUCCUGCCAAAGCUCCGCCGGCUCCUCCGCCGCCUCCGCCUGGACAGGAGAAGAAGGACGAACCGGAACCACCGCAGGAGGCGGGUCUGUUCCAGUUUGAACUCCUGGGUCAUCCGGUCCAGCUCCCCAAACUUCCCCCGAUGCCCGACUGGCUGCGGUCCAUCCUGGAAUACCGCUUCCCGUCCAGCAUUGAUCCGUUCACUGAUCUCAUCUAUGUGAUCUGGCUGUUCUUCGUGGUGGCGGCCUGGAACUGGAACGUGUGGCUGAUCCCAGUGCGCUGGGCGUUCCCCUACCAGACGCCGGACAACAUCCACCUGUGGCUGCUGGCCGAUUACACCUGCGACUUCAUCUACAUCGCAGACAUCCUGGUCUUCCAGCCGCGGCUGCAGUUUGUCCGCGGCGGAGACAUCGUGUGUGACAAGAAGGACAUGAGGGAGCAUUACAUGACCACCGAGCGGUUCAAGAUGGACGUCAUCAGCCUGUUCCCCAUGGAGAUAUUUUACUACUUCACAGGAGUGAACUCCCUGCUGCGCUUCCCCCGCCUGCUGAAGUACAUGGUGUUCUUCGAGUUCAACGACCGGAUGGAGGCCGUGAUGAAGAAGGCCUACAUCUACAGGGUGAUCCGGACCUCCACCUACCUGCUCUACUCGCUGCACAUCAACGCCUGUCUCUUCUACUGGGGCUCUGACUACGAGGGUCUGGGAUCCACCAAAUGGGUCUACGACGGGAAAGGCAACGCUUACAUCCGAUGUUACUACUUUGCUGUGAAGACGCUGAUCACCAUCGGAGGACUGCCGGACCCCACCACCGUCUUUGAGAUCUGCUUCCAGCUCAUCAACUACUUUGUGGGCGUGUUUGCAUUCUCCAUCAUGAUCGGCCAGAUGAGGGAUGUGGUGGGAGCAGCGACUGCAGGAGAGAACUACUACCGGGCCUGCAUGGACAGCACCGUCAAGUACAUGAACUCCUACAGCAUUCCCCGGGAAGUCCAGAACCGGAUCAAGACUUGGUACGACUACACCUGGAAGAGCCAGGGCAUGCUGGAUGAACAGGAACUCCUGAUUCAACUUCCUGCUAAGAUGAGGAUGGACAUCGCCGUAGACGUCAACUACACCAUCGUCAGCAAAGUGGCCCUGUUUCAGGGCUGCGACAGGCAGAUGGUGUUCGACCUGCUGACCAGGCUGAAGUCUGUCGUUUACCUGCCGGGAGACUUCGUGUGUAAAAAGGGGGAGAUCGGACGGGAGAUGUACAUCAUCAAGCAGGGGGAGGUCCAGGUGGUGGGCGGGCCGGACCUGGAGACUGUGUUCGUCACCAUCAGAGCUGGUUCCGUGUUCGGAGAGAUCAGCCUGCUGGCGGGGGGCGGAGGGAACCGGCGCACCGCCAACGUGAAGGCGCACGGCUUCGCCAACCUGUUCAUCCUGGACAAGAAGGACCUGGCAGAGAUCCUGGUCCACUACCCCGAGUCCCAGAAGCUGCUGCGCAAGAAGGCCAAGACGAUGCUGACCAAAGACAAGAAGCCGGAGGAGAAGGAGACACGCAAGGAGGCGGCCGAGGUCAUCCCCCCCCGACCCGACACCCCCAAACUGUUCAAGGCCGCCCUGAAGGUGACGGAGCGCGCCGGCAUCGAGGGAACAUUCGCCAAGAUGAAGAAGGUUUACCAACCGGCUGAGGGCCAAACGGAGGCUCUGCCCCCCAUCUCUCCGGUGCCGCCCCCUUCUCCGAUGCACCGCCGCUCUCCAGUCCCGCGCUCGGCUCUGGAGGACAGGGACGAGUCGGUGGCAGAGACGGCGGACAGCUCCGUCAUCAUCAGGAUGACGCCGCGGCAGGAAGGGGAGGAGCUUCUGACGGUGGAGGUGUUGGAGGAAGGAGCAAAAAGGGAGGAGGAGGAGGGAUGAGGAAGCUGCAGUACCGCCUUCGGCCACAUGGGUAGCUAACGGCCUCAGAGGGGGCGCUGUUUCCCCAGGAGAGGAAACGUCGAAAUUACAGACUCAGUUUCCCAGAGUUCAUAGCUUUUGUUCUGCAGUCUGCCUCUGAACUGAAGCUUUUAGAUGCUUUUAUUAGCGAGGAUGAGGAGCGGGUGAUGAAGAGUAAAUGAUGAAGAGCAGCGUUGCUUCUGAAUCGAUGACGAUGGACUGAAAGAUCUGCGGCUCCAACACAGACAACAAUCAUCCUGAAAAUGUUUUCUAGUUUUAUUUUCCUCAGAAAUAUAUUUUUAAAAUGUG